UCUAGUUUAAAUAAUCAUACCAGUGUUUAAACAAUGUAGCCUAUGCUGUUCACCUGGAAUCCUGGUAAGCUUCCAGCAUGGUAUAUUUAAUACUAUUAUUAAACAUAAGCUGGUGAUAGAUGGAUGCUGGUGACCAGCCCAGCAUACCAGCAUACUAUGCUGGUCUUUGCUGUUUUUUUUAGCUGGCCAGGAUGGCUGGUUUAGCUGGUUUAGCUGGUUUAGCUGGUGAGCUAAAGUGUCCAAAACCCCCUCUAAACCAGCCAGGCUGAUCAACUUAGCUAAGUUAGUCAAAGCUGUUUUUUUCAGCAGGGACGCUGUGACGUAAUAACUCUUUUUUUUUUCGAGGGAAGGGGUCUAGGUAUAAAAGUCACUGCUCGCCACUGCGUUUGAGACUUCAUCACGUAAGCUCAGUCUGCGUGACUUUGCAGCUUUUGGUUAACCUGGAAAUCAUCUUGUUGUCAUGGCGAUAACACUUUGUGGUGUUUUUAUACUGGUUGCAGCUUCUAUUCACGCCUGUGAUGGGGUCCUGCGCUUCGCCUCCUACUAUCAAGACCACAUGGUGCUGCAGAAGUCUCCAGAGAGAGCUGUAAUUUGGGGCUAUGGACCUGAGGGGGCACAAGUGAAAUUCACCUUGUCAGGACAACACCAACAGAAAAUCUCACAGGCCACAGUGACAAACGUCCUGACCCCAGAAGACGCCAUAACCCGCUACAAGCGUGUUCUUGAGGCGGUAAACAAGGGCAACAAUAAAACGGCGGCUUACAGAGCGGUAGGAGUGGACCGCAAAACCAUUGCCGACACUGCAGGAAUUGCAGAACUGCAUGCUGUGAACCCGGGCAUCUUCCAAGAUAUCCGGGGAACACUGAAGAAGGGGGAAACCCUUCUCCGUUUCUCGGAGAUGUGCAAGUCUGCCAUAAAGGACCACAAUUUAGAGGGGAAGGUCCAGGACUUAAAGACAAAUGGAGGACUAUUAUCCAUUAAUCCAAAGGGGAAGUGAGGAAGGAAUGGAUGAUUUUUUGCUUUGCACUUGUUUUUAGUUUUUUUUUAUAAAAAGUGGUUUUUAUUUUCAUUUUUUUUAUUUUUAUGUUCA